GCCUGGCAUUCAGGCUUGGUUGCGGAGGAAAUGCCCAGGAUGGGAUACUAUACUGAAAGAAUUGAUGCUGGACCACAAGUGGACGUUUAAACGGAUACUUCUCGCCUGCCACACCCUUUCAAAAGCAAAAUACCUAUUAUUUUUCUUCAAAAUAACGGAAUGGAUUUGGAGAAGAUUUAAAGUGGAUGUUGUUGCCAAGUGACGUGUUGCCAAACGCUUAAGUGUCAACUUUGCCAACUUUUUUUCUUCUUCUUCUUCUUCUUCCUGAGACCACAUCAAGUCAAGAAGAAGGGAAUUUAUUAUAACUUGGAGGCAAAAUGGAUCAAGCCAGCGGCGGGGACGACCCUAGUAAACCUUCUAAAAAGAGGUCCAGUGAGGAUGAAGGCAGGAAUAAAAAACUGAACAUACACAUAAAAACAUUGGCUGACGACAUGCGUGAUCGUAUCACCAGUUUCCGAAAAACAGGCAUGAAGAAGGAGAAGCCCCUCAUUCAGCACCCGACGGACCCCCUGUCGAUCCAGACCGAGCUGCCGCUCCCUCAGCCGCUCUUUGACGAGCGCUCCAUGAACCUUUCGGAAAAGGAGAUUAUUGACCUCUUUGAGAAGAUGAUGGAGGACAUGAAUCUGAAUGAAGAGCGAAAGGCCCCCCUUCGCGGGAAGGAUUUGAGCACCAAACGGGAGAUGGUGGUCCAGUACAUCUCCGCCACAGCCAAAUCUAUAACUGGGAGCAAAGUCGCGCAUUUGGAAGGUUUAACAGAGAAGACAGACAUGUUAGAGCAGCCCUCCGUGACCCAGCCUACGCUCGGUCUAUGCUCUCAGACACAACGCCCCCCUUUUUGA